CUCACUGAGUACGAGACAGCCAAAGAGACUCUAUAUUUGUGGGCAUUUGGAUGUUAAAUUAAUUCCACCAGCAUAGGACAGCGCUUGUGUGCAAAGCGGUUGUUACUGUUUAACGUUUUAUUGUCCAACUCGGAUUAGAGAUCAGCCAAGUGAAGACACUGAUUUGGAAAAGACAGACAUUCAUUUUCAACUUUUGUAAGGAAAAAAGAAUUGUGCACAUUUGGAGAUUUUAGUUGGACCGGCUGAUCUGUCAGGAUGUCGGACCUGUCUGUGAAUGAUCAUUUGGAGGGGAUACUAUCAGACUUUGAGGCAUUGAAAAGAUCCUUCGACAUUGAUGAUGUGGAUGAUAUCCCUACAUUUUCUCCCACCUCUCCUCUCAACUCACCCUUUAGCCCCUCACCCAACAGCCUAAUCCUGACCCAGACCAAUGAGGGCAGAGGACCUACUGCCCAUGUCCAGCCCACUUACCAAUCAAGGAUCAACAUCAGCUCUAGCCCGGCCCCCAGUCCUGUCAUGAAGAACAAAGUGGUAACCAGCCUUUCCUUCAACCGAGGUUCCAUGGCCAUAGCCAAAACUAACGGCAACACUGGCUCCAGCAUCACUCGGGUCUCCUCCUUCCAAACUAAGUUCAACCCCAAUGGCUUCUCCUCGUCCUGUGGGCCAGGGAGCGACAAUGACAGCCUCUAUAGUUCCACUUCCAGUCUGGAAUAUCAGGCAUCCUCCAAACUCGGCUCCUGUGCCAGCCCUCCUCAAAGCCCAAUGGGGAUAAGCGACUUCAAAGCCCAGCGCAUCUGCAGCCCAGCACUGAAUAAGUUCUACUCCCAUGGCAACAUGUUCCAUUCUGAAGCAGAGCCACCUCUCGUCUUGCCCGCAGAGCCUAUGGGGGUGAACAACAGUUCUAUGCCUUCUCUGGAUCUCCACAUCACCGAAUGUCAAGGGGCUGGAAAUGCCAGAUCACCAAGCAUGGGAUACCGCAGCAUUGGUCCCACUUGGAAUGCUGCCUCUCUCAGGCAGAACACCAGGCCUCUUGCAAGAGAGCCCUGUUUAACUUCUGGUACCCAGUCUCCCAAACCAAAGGAACCAACAAAAUUGAACAAAUUUCCUCUGGAUCUUGAUAACCUGGUGUCCAGACCUCAAGAAGCUCCAAAGGAGGCUUUCCCCAAGCCAGCCGAUAGAUCCCACCCCAAGUUGAGCAGCCCUACCAGCUCAACCAGCCCUGUAAUCUCCAUCAGCAGCUUGGAAACUGUGGCAACCGGGAACCACAGCAAAACAGCCAAAGCUGACUCCAUGCAACCUCGGGGGUGCUUCGAAGUCCCCAGUGUCAGCGAGUCUCCUGUCCCCCUUUCACCGCCCCAGACACCCCAGUUCCGACUUGUCUCACAGCCCCAAGUUGUGCAGCUCUCUUCUGUAGCUCAGAUCCCAGCCACCCAAGGCAAGGUUACCCAGAAGCCCCAGAUCAGCAAGGAGCCUGCCCAGGGGCCCCCUCCGCAGAAGGAGAAUGUAGACUCCAUACUUCAGAGAAUCGCCUCAUUUUCUCGAGCUGACAACACAGAACCCAGGCCAAGGGAGAUCAAAUACCAUGGAAACAAGCAGGAAAGGGAGGAGCCGCCAGGUCAGAAGGAAGCUGAGCAGAGAGUGAAGACGCUGGAAGUGGAAAAGUCCAUGGCAGAGCCAAAGUCAAAACCAGAUCCUGACCCCAAAACUGAGGUGACUGUGACAGGCCUGGAUCUCUUCGGCUAUGUGGGCAUAGAGUCUGUGCUUGACCAGAUGAGACGCAAGGCCGUGAAGACUGGGUUCGAGUUCAACAUCAUGGUUGUAGGUCAGAGUGGCUUGGGCAAGUCAACCCUGGUGAACACGCUUUUCAAAUCCAAAGUGAGCCGGAAAUCUUGCAAUCCCUCCUUUGAGGAGGGCAUCUCCAAGACAGUGAACCUACAGUCAGUAAGUCACGUUAUUGAAGAGAAAGGAGUAAAAAUGAAGCUGACCGUGAUCGACACUCCAGGGUUCGGAGACCAGAUAAACAAUCUGAACUGCUGGGAGCCAAUUAUGAAAUACAUCAACGAGCAGUAUGAGAAAUAUCUGAAGGAGGAGAUCAACAUUAACAGAAAACGCAAAAUCCCAGAUACCAGAGUCCACUGCUGCAUCUACUUUGUGCCCCCUACUGGUCAUUGUUUACGCCCCCUGGACCUGGAGUUUAUGAAGCGAUUGGGUAAAAUAGUGAGUGUCGUCCCAGUGAUCGCCAAAUCGGACACCCUCACCCUGGACGAGAGACAGCGGUUCAAAGAGCGGAUUCGACAGGACCUGUGGACCAAUGGCAUCAAAGUGUACCCACAGAAGGAGUACGAUGAGGAUGCAGAAGACAGAAUAUUGAAUGACAAAAUCCGGGAAAAGAUCCCCUUUGCAGUGGUGGGUACAGACAAAGAGCACCAAGUGAAUGGAAAAAACGUCCUGGGUAGAAAAACCAAGUGGGGAGUCAUUGAAGUUGAAAAUGUUGCACACUGUGAGUUUGCCAACCUGAGAGAUCUGCUCAUCAGGUCACACCUGCAGGAUUUGAAAGAUGUCACACACAACAUCCAUUAUGAGACCUACCGGGUUCGGAGAUUAAACGAAAGCAACUUGAAUGGCCUUGGACUUUCAAUGUCGCCUCUGGCCUCAGUGAAUGGCAUGGCGGUGAGAAAGGAGUCGGAGAGCAACCUUUAGAGGAGAGAGUAGAACAUAAACAAAGUCAUCAGAUAAUGGUUUUGGCUGCCCUACCCCCAUUCUUCCUUCCCCACUCAGCAUUGUACUCCAAUAAAAAAAGAGAGCUCUAGCGUUACCAAGAAAUUAUACUGGAACCAGGCAGGUUUUUUUUCCCGGUUUGGGGUGAUGAAGUGGCAUGUUGCCAUGGCUACUCUGGGGUGGGGCUUGACAACAGAAAAUGGGCCACCAGGUC